AUGCUGUCGCCAUGGACCUCGACACAGGCACUACGCGGGCUGGGACGACAUGUCGGUGUCGGGGCACACAAGGUCAACUCUGUUGUCAGCUCCCUGUACCUCGCCGACCGCGACGUGGGCACUUCACGUCGCACCACCUUGACGAGCUCGCGACACCCGCCGCACGUCUCGCGCUUGAGCGUCCGUGCAUUCCACACCGCAGCUCCAUCCUUGGCCAUUGCCGACGACAUUGCGCGUGCCGUCACCGGAGCUGCGGCUGCCAACGCCCCCGAUGUCCUCGAAGCGAUCGGGGGAUUGGCCAACGCUGACCGCCUAAAGCGUGUUGCGCGCGACUUUAGAACCGAUACCAUCACCAUUCCGACCGAUGCUCAGAUCCUUUACGCUCUGCGAGCAUCCCGCGGCGACGAUGUGUACCGAGAGGACCCGACGACCAACGCGCUCGAAGAACGCGUCGCCCGCUUGUCAGGAAAGGAGGCCGCCCUCUUCUGCUCGUCGACGACCAUGUCCAACCAGCUGGCCAUCCGCUCCACGCUCACGCAGCCGCCCCACAGCAUCAUCUGCGACCACCGCGCCCACACUUACAUGUGGGAGGCUGGCGGUGCGGCCCUCUUCUCGCAAGCGACGAGCCACGCGCUCACGCCAUCCAACGGGCUGCACCUGACGGCCGACGACAUUGAACGUAACCUCUGUCUCGGCAACGACAUUCACUUUGCCCCCAACCGCAUGAUAUCGCUCGAGAACACAAUGUCCGGCGUAGUGUUCCCCCAGGAAGAGAUUCUCAAGAUCCACAGCUUGGCCAAGAAGCACGACCUGGCGCUCCACCUGGACGGUGCGCGCGCGUGGAAUGUCGCUGCCAGGGAGCUCGAGCGACGGGGACUGGACGCAAGCAAAGAUACGGACAUUCAAGCUGUCCUGUCCGAGCUGCUCGAGCCCUUUGACACUGUGGGGCUCUGCCUGUCCAAGGGUCUCGGCGCACCCAUCGGCUCCAUCCUCGUGGGCAGCAAGAGCCUGAUCGACCGUGCGCGCUGGUUCCGCAAGAUGUUCGGCGGCGGAUGGCGGCAGAGCGGGCUGCUGGCCGCCCAGGCUGACUGGGCCAUUACCCACCACAUGCCGCGUCUGGCGGGGACACACAAGCUCGCUGCGCGCCUCGCAGAGGGCCUGGAGGAUGCCGGGUGCGAGAUUUUGGCGCCAGUCCACACCAACAUGGUCUACUUUGACCCGUCGCCGUUGGGCCUGUCGACAGACACGGUCAUGGCUGCACUUGCGGCUCUCCCAGACCCCAUUGUCCUGCAGGACAACCGCUGUGUUAUUCACCACCAGACGUCGCCAAAGGCUGUCGAGGACCUGGUGGCCGAGGUCCACCGGCUGGGCCACGAAGCGCCCCAGUCUGAGCGCGGCAAGGCCAAGAAGGCAAAACUCGGGUACUAG